AGCGGCAGCGCCUCGCGCUAGCAGCUCGCAGUGGUCGCAGUGUUAUCGGUGCAGUCAAACCUAUUGCUUGCAAUGCACACGCCGGCUAUAACUAUCCUCUGACUUAAAACGUCGACUAGUGCGUACCUCAAAUAUUUAAAAUAACUGAAUUGUAUUUUGUAUAAACAAAAAAGUGUAUCCUUAUUGUGAAUGUAUACGGCUGAGUAUGUUGAAUAUUCAUAAGAAUGUAUUGUUUCGGUCGCAUCGCGCAAGGUGCUUAGAUUGAAUUAAAUAAAAAAGUAAAGCAAGACCGACUUCCUGCUAAGAAAAAACAAGUUGAGUCGUCGGAGUUUUCGUCGUCUAAACAAGGUCCAAGCUUAAAAAUACAUGUCAAACUUACAAAGGAAUCAGCGCUCCUUUCUGGUAAACACUACGUAAUUUAAACGACAAGAUUGAUGUAAAUGAAAUAAUGUCGCAGAAGUUUUAUCUAGUUGUCUUUGGCGCCAUUGUGAUCGCUGCGGCAGUACUCCCGGCCGCCGCGCAACCACCAACAGCCGAUGCUUCUAUAAGCAAAGACCGUGCCCUAAGAUAUGUUACAUUGAAGGCUGGAAAAAAUGUAGCAACCACUCCACAACGAGGAUUUUUUGGAACAAUUUUCAGUCUUAUUGUGGAGCAAAUCAAUGAUACUAAGAGUGCAUACAAUCAAAUUUCGGGAUUAGUCAACAAUCAAUUUGCUGAUAAUGACGAUAAGUCAAAACCUAAACCCAACAACGGAACUGCUGAAGCGGCAAAAAUAACAAGGGCAGAAUUUUUAAAAAUACUUGACAGAAAUUUUAAAGGCUUAGCGCGACUUAGAAAUCUUGAAUGGCGUGAAGCAAGAAAGGAUUCCUGGGCAAAUCUGGUGGAGUACAAAAAUGAAAUAUUCUCUGGAAAAAAAGCAAGAAAUAGAAGAUAACAACGACUUUAGAAACUAGAAUAUGUACCAACGUUUAUAAAAUAAAUUUCGAUAUAGACAAUAAAGAUAGUUGCAGUUUCA